CGGACAGAUGAAGAGUCACGAGCUGAGGUUGAAUGUUUUCCCGGUGUGUGUGUAUGUGAAAAUGACGGAGGCUGAAGCUCGACGCACUGUCAAUGACAAAAUCAGAAAAAUGGACGUUUCAAAGAGGAUCGUCAGAAAUUUGGAGCCAGCAAGGCCACUGCGUCGUCUUAACAUAAAUCAAGUACCACAAAGCAAUGUGAUGAUCAAGCCAUUUGAAAAGCCAGUUAAAAAGCCGGACAACAGUAUUAAAGUGGAGCAGUUGUACGAAAUCCUUCAUCUUCAAACCACAAGUAACCUAAAAAGUCCCCAACCUGAAAAGAAAGAAGAAAGGAUAUGCUACACCAGGGACUUUCUUAUCAAGAUGGCAAGUUGUCCAUUGGCCAAGAAGAAACCUGAAUUUUUGCCAGAGCAUCCUGUUGUUUUGGAGAAUGGAAGAACUCGUAUUGUGCCCAAUGUCAAUAACUUCAAGAAAGAGGACAUGGUUGUCUGAUGUGGAGAAUUCCUUACAGUCUAUUUUUAUUAUUAUUUAAAAAAUGGGUCUCAAAAACUGCACUACAUGGGAGUAAUGUGUAAAUGGUUAAAAAUCUUGCCCUUUUAAGUUUCUGUAUGUCGGAAUCCAUCACAAGUUAAGUUCAUAUUCAAAGACGUAAGUGGAGAAAAACAUCUUUUCAGCUUUACAGUAAAAACAAAAGAAUUGUGAAGGAAAAACAUGUUCUCUGUGAAAAAGAAAUAUAAAACUGCUUCCCUUUCCUAAACACAUCAUUUUUAUUCUGCAUUUAUUCUGCAAAAAUUUAUAUUUAAAAAAAUUGGCUUAAACUUUGUCUUUGUCCUUGAUCAAACCUCUUUUUUUGUUUUACCUCAUCAAACAACUGUGAUUUCUAACUCUAGCUUUUGAUAUUUUUCAUAUACUGGUGGUUUUGUGCUGCACUACAAUUUGAUGAUCUGUGAUGUUUGCUGAUAUUUAGAUUUGAAGUGUAUUUGCUUGAAGAUGUGCAUCUUGAAGUGACUUAUAAGGGGUUUUCGUGCUUUAGUUAGAACUCAGAGAUGUUUGAUUGUAACUUGCCAGCUAUACUAACUGGAUAUUGCAAAGAGGUUGGAUUCAAGGGUUGGGCAAGCAACACAUAUCUGGCACAUUCUUUUUGAUAACUAUUUAGUCUACUGGAUGACAAAACCUUGCAAUGAUUGUAAUAAUACACUUAAUAUUUCAAUAUUUUUGUUUGUAUAAAUGUAUGCAUCAUUUAUUUCAGUGAAGUAGGUGAAAGCAAUGUUUUGUUACAGGAAUUUGUGUUUAAACAUGUUUACAAAAUGUAUUGUCUUAAUAUUUGCUCUACAAACUCAUUACACUCAGUAAAGAAAAAGUUUGUUUUACUUGCUGCUUUGCUUCAUUUGUGUGUUUUUUCCCUCAGUAAUUUUUCGAAUUUGGAAACUGGUACAGUAUCUGGUUUAUCGUAAUAAAAACAGUUUGUUUGUGUGCAGGAAUAUAAAAAUAGUCUGUUACGAGAACAAUUCAAGCCUGUGGGAUAUCAGUAAUGAAAGUAAAACGGCAAUAGUGAAUAGAAUUAAAAAACAACAACAACACGGAUACAUAUGUUGUGCUCGUGCGUCAAUCUUUCCCUUACCGG